UGAUCAUUUAAACAUACGUUUGGCUUGUAGGGGGCCUGUAGGGGGACACGCCCGACCUGACGCCAAGAUGCGGCCAACUUUUCCGCGAACGAGCGCUGGGCUGGGCGCGUCGCGCGCUUGCCCCACAACGAGACAUUCGCGCCUGCAGGGCGCUGGCGGACGCGGACAGUCACACUGGCCGCCCAGCGAGUACAUGCCGACGCAGGCGAUUCUCAGAGAAGAGUGCGCGUCGCUCUCUCCGGGCCGCGGGCGCCUCACCGGGCAGGGCGGGCGCUGCCAGCCUGACCCGUGAGCGCAGCCGCCCUGCCCGACGUGGAGUACGGCUGGAGCUGCUGCGGCACUGCCAGGGCUUGCCGGGGCCACGUCUCGAGGCUUGGCGGAUGCGUCUCCGAGUUCGUCCAGGCCUCUGCUUCGGCCUCCGCGGGCCGCGCUCGGUGGGCGCGCUCCAGCGGCCGGCGCUCGUGCGGCUCGAGAGAGCUCUGGGGGGCGGGCGGUGCGGACCACAGGCGCGCAGCAGCCGAGACGUUCCCGCUUCGCCGGCCGGGCCAGCAGGAGCGCAGAUGCGCGGGCGCCGCAGGCAAUCGCGCCCCGACGAGACCGGCGCCGACGGGCACAUGGCGCCCGAGGAGACCCGCGCGCGGCCAUGCGGCCCGUCCGCGGGCAUCUUCUCCGUCGGGGUGGUGUCCCUCCACAGGAGGAAUCUUCGAGCAUAGUCCACGACGAUUUGUAUGUUUUUUGGCUUGGUCAUGUGUGGGUAGUGUUCAACUCUUCUUUAUUCCCAACCAUCCUAUGGUGUGGGGUCC